UGCUUUUCAAACCAAUCCACUGUGAAGUCAGUUUAAUAGGUCUGAUCAGUAUUUGUAUUUUUGAAAAAUAAAAGGACAAAACAGAAGAGUAAGUAUUGCUCAUGAAAUUCCUUAAAUAUAUAUACGUGUGUGCGUGCGCGUGUGUGUAUGCGCGCGCGCAAGCUGCAUAAUGGACUGUGAUGUAAAAUGUAUACCUCAUUAUACCUCAUGUUCCAAAAAGUCUGAAAGCUACUGCUUUACGUGAUACAUAGAAGAGAUGCUCCAAGUUUGCAAGACGCCAGGACUCAACCAAAGAUCUGACAGAUCUGAUAUGCAAGCAUUUUCUGCAGUAUUCUGAAUAGCAUAGUUGCCUGAUUGAGGAAGUCAAGACUUAUGACUUACCAAAUACAUGGCAGUAAAGUCGGAGAUUCAUAUCGUUGGGGAAGGAUUUAGUUUGGAAAGGCUUCAAGGAGGAAUGGGACCUUGAGUUAGUUUAUAAAAGACGGAUGGAUCUGGAUGGCAGUGAGGAAGGGGUGCUGGCUGAUUUUGUGUCUAUAGAAGGACGAAGUGAAGAAUGAAUUGGAUAAUGGCAGUGAUAUUUAAGAAUCAUUUAGAAAGGAAAAAAUAAAUAUCAAGUUGGGGGAAGAGAAUUGCAGUAGAAUUUCAGCCUGGACUGAAAUAUCAUACUGGUUCUUCAGAGGAAUUAACCCUGACCGUGUCAAUACUCUGAGCUCUGACGGCAUCACCCUUCCCCCACCAGUGGGAACACUACCCAAGAGAGAGCUCUGGAGUGCUCCUGAAGAGAAAUUCCAUGGGGACUGUACCUGACCCUCUGAGAUCAGCUAAAAUUUCCUUGAUUGCAGUUUCCGGAAAAGAAGAGGAUCUAGGAGAGCUGCAGGCUGCCUCACCUCAGCAUCAACCAGCUCUCCUGUGUAAGAAUGCCAAUGGCUUUUCUGGUACCACUGCAGAAGCAGACCUCAGCCCCAGGGCAGCUGCUGAAGCCCUGAUGCAGGCUUGUGAGCAUGAGACCACCCAGCCAGCUAUGUCUUCUCCUGGUGUCUUCAAUGAAGUGGAGAAAGCAUCUGCCACAUUCAACUCUCCAGGCAAUCUCCAGCUGCCAGGGAGCAGCGAGCCUGCAGCACCAGCUGCAAAUUCUGCAGCAGAAAGGGAUCUUAUACACACACCAAUGACAAUGCCAGCCAGUCAGCACACCCGCCAGUCCAUCCCAGGUGAUCAGCCCAAUGCCAUCACCUCAUCCACGCCUGAAGAUUCCCUGAUGAGAUCACAGAGAACCUCAAAUAGAGAGCAAUCUGAGAAACCAAGUUGUCCUGUGGGAGACAUCCUCAGUAGCAGCAAAGAUCAGGUGUCCUAUGAAUUUCCUUCUCCCGAAGCAAUCCAGGGAACAGUGCAGACUCCAGUGACAGCAGCCAGGGUGGUCAGUCAUUCAUCCUCUCCUGCAGGUGGACCUGAAGGGGAAAGGCAGGGAGCCAUCUGUGACACUGAAAUGAGAUCCUAUAAACCUCUAACUAGAGGAUCUGAAUGUUCAGAGAACAAGCAGCCCUCUGUCACUGCCUCAGGCCCCCAGGGCACAACUUCAGUGACACCUCAACCAUCCCCUGUCACUAGCAGACCUUCGGCAUGCCCUCCAGGUCCAGGGAAGGUGCUGCUCCCAGCACAGCAUCAGAUGUCAAGGUUCAAAGAAGCCAGCACGAUGACCAACCAAGCUGAAAGUGAGAUCAAGGAAGUUCCCAGCAGGGCUUGGCAAGAUGCAGAGGUGCAGGCAGUGGCACAUGUGGAGAGCAGAUCCGUCUCCACCAGCCCCAGUAUCCUCACUGCAUUCCUGAAGGAAAGCCCUGCUCCUGAGCAUUUUGAACAAGAGCAGCUGCGUGUCAUUUGCCACAGCAGUGGGAGCCACACACUGGAGCUCUCUGAUAGCAUACAAGCCCCCCAGGAGUCCAGUAGGUGCCCUGCCAUCAUGCCACAGGUACACAUUCAGGCAGCUGCAACUGUUUCUACAGCUUUCCAACAGGAAAAUAAACUAGUGAGCCUACCAGAUGAGGUCCUUAAAAUCUCAUCAAUCAAUUUGGCCUCCAGUAAUGCCCAGGAUACGUUUAAAGAAGAUGGGAGGUUAGCAGGAAUGAGUCCAAUGAGGGAAGAAUCAACUUAUAAAAAGCUUGCAGGUACUAAUUCCAGCUCCCUGAAAUCUAGCACCAUUGACCAGAUUUCUAUCAGUGCAUGCAGUCAAGCUGAAACAAGUUAUGGAUUGGGAAAAUUUGAAACCAGGCAGUCUGAGUUUGCAAAGAAAACUACAAAUGGCCACAAAACAGAGUCAGAUUGCAAACUAUCUGACUCUUGUGGCUCUGCCGGCAAAUCUGACCAUUCUGGGAGCUUGGAUCCCACAAAUAAAGGAGGUGCAAGGGAAAAGAAGCCUGCAUCUCCCCAGAUAGUAAAAGAAAAAGAGUCCACUGGCACCAAAACCUCGGAUGCCAAAACCCUACUGCUCAAUCCUAAAUCUCAAGAAAGUGGAGGCACAGAAUCAGCUGCUAAUCCUACACCCUCCCCAGUUAGGAACAACCAGGAGAGCACCUUAGAAGAAAACAGACAGACCAAGACAGCCACAAGCCUCAGCCUGCCAUCUGAUCCCAUGAGUGACUCCAGCCCAGGUUCCAGCAAGAAGACGCCAUCUCGCUCCGUCAAAGCCAGCCCACGCAGGCCCAGCCGCGUCAGCGAGUUCCUCAAGGAGCAGAAGUUAAAUGUGACAGCAGCUGCUGCUCAGGUAGGACUCACUUCGGGAGAGAAGAAAAAGCAGCUUGGCGCGGACUCCAAGCUCCAGCUGAAACAGUCCAAGCGUGUCAGGGACGUGGUGUGGGAUGAGCAGGGAAUGACCUGGGAGGUGUAUGGUGCUUCCUUGGACGCAGAGUCCCUGGGAAUCGCAAUCCAGAACCAUUUACAAAGACAAAUCAGGGAACAUGAGAAAUUAAUCAAAACUCAAAAUAGCCAGACCCGGAGAUCCAUCUCCUCAGAUACUUCUUCAAAUAAGAAGCUCAAAGGAAGGCAGCACAGUGUUUUCCAGUCCAUGCUGCAGAACUUCCGACGCCCCAACUGCUGCGUCCGUCCUGCCCCUUCUUCUGUGUUAGAUUGAAAGGAAAUAUUUAUGGGAGUUUUUGUAUAAAUUUAUGGUAUUCACAUGUGUCCGUCUGUGUCAAAGCUUGCUUAGUUGCUUUUUUUUUCCCUGCAAGACCAGGAAGGAAAAGCAAGUAUUCACUGUAAGAAAUUGCUAUUAAAAAUUGACCUAGAGCUCUAUAAACAAAAAUGUCAUUUCAAUUUGAAAGAAGGAACAGGAGAGGAGAAACAAGCUUCACUGAAGGUUUGCAAUCUUAAUUAAUUGAAAAUAAUACUCACUGGGUUUUUAAAAAUAUGAUGUUGCUCGUAGAGAGAGCAUUAUUAUUAUAUUAUUAUACAUGUAUCAUUUUGUAUUACUGCCUCAGCUUAUCACACAAUAAUUUCCAUUAAAAUCCCUGCUUCAUAUUGGAAGUAGCAAAAACACUAUUGGCAAAAAACAGUGUUAUAAUUUCUAGUCCUGUUGCAAUAACAAUGCUGUAACCACACAAAUUUUAAAUAGGUGAUAAGAAUCAUAACGAAAAAUAAAUUGAGAAAAAACUGGAUUCAUUCCUAGGCCAGAUAACAUUAAAUAUACCAACUGUGAUUUAAUGUUUGUAAACAUCUGCAGACAACUUUUGUAUAAACCUUCUUACAGCUGUUAAUAAAUAUAAGAAAGUUACAUUAGGAACAUUAGCUAAGCUUUUGAAUGUGAAAACUGCCUACAUUAAACAUAGAUUUAUAUAGACAUAUUUUCCUGCACUGAACACAAGGUGCAUCUUUGUGAUUCUGACCGGACAUAUUCAUAUUUUCUUGCCCUAGAGGAAGUACAUGGGACUGAAUUCUUGAAAGAAUCAUCAAAUUAGGGAUAAUACUAAAUUGAUAUUGUACAAGUGUUCUCCAGUGAUAUUCUACUGAGGAUGCUAAGAUUUUGGUAAGGAACUAUAAAUAGCAGAUUACCAAACACUGCUUUUUCUGUGAUGAUAAAAACCUCAUAAGCAACAAAAACAAUGUUUAGUUUAGACUUCUGUAAACAGGAUGCAAUUUGUGAUUAUUUUUAAUUGGGUGCAAUAACUUCCAAUAACAAAUCUAGUCAACACCAAAUUAGAACAUGAGCUCCUUUUCAGUUUUUGUACAUAGACUAUCAUCUAAUUGCUUAAGUGUAUACUCUGGAGUAAAAAGGUAACUUCAGCAAACUUAUUGAUUUUAAGAGAAAUACCCUUCAUAUUCUUCAAACCCAAUGAAAGAAGAGGCCUUUACAAAAACAUGGCUUAUGCUUUGGGUGGAAUAUGCUCCUUGGGAACAUAGGCACCUGUCUGACUUCAGACCUCACGUGUCUCCGGAAGAGAAGCAUGUUCCAAGACACACGAGUAUCCUCCAAGGCACUGGCCUGGAUGAGCAGCAGUGGCUUGAGCGGGUAGCGUGGAAAGAAGGAAGGAACAACGGCCCUGGGAAGGCUUCCCUUCCUGCAGAUGUUGUGGGGAGAUUGCUGGUCUCCAUUUGGCAUUUAGAAAACCAGACUUAGAUGCUGGAGGGGCACCAAUUGCCUUCUCUGAACUCAUUCCCCAAGAUGAGCUAGAAAAGAGUACCUACCUAACCAUGAGUAUUCUCUCCAGAGACUCAUGUUUCCCGUGGGUACAGUCAAUUCACAGUAUCUGUUCUGGCUUUUUUCAACUUAAAUUCUGUUUUACACAUUCUGAACAUAUGCAGGGAAGAAAACCAUUCCUGAACUUGAACAGCACAAGCUACACCCGGCACAACCUAAAUUAAUAAAAAGACUUUGAUUUAUUUUGAAGCAAUUUAACUGUAGACAAAGCUUGCAUUCGUCAACCAGUAUUCUCAGAGCCUGAGAAUCGUUACAGUUUUUCUAUUUGGAACUUAGGAGGAAUUUUUUAAUAAGGCACAUUUUUCAGUUUCUUACUGAUUGGUAUCUAUUAAGAAUACUAUGUAAUGUCAAAAUUGCCAUCAAAUUACCAAGCAAAUUACUAUUAAUGAUUAGAGAUUUAGCCUAAAGUUCUCUGUUUGGGCCUUAAAUACCCAUUUGUAGCCGUGUUUGUGUCACUUCUGUCUCAGAUGCCUCUGCCAGAACAUAACCUCUCUGCUGGUUUCUGCUCACUGGUGUCUCCUUCCCACGUGGGCAUACAUGCUGUGUAUACACAGAGUACAGCCUGUGUACACAGUAGCAGCUGUCAACAGUGCCUACUCCAGAUGGGUGGGCCCCAGGUAAUCCUCUGCUGUGAAGUGGCUAGAACAGGCUGUCCCUGCAUUAAAAUAGGCAAGAAAAAGGAAUUUCGCAUCUGAUAAUAAUAUUUAUUUUCACAACUUUAGAGUAACCACAUGAUUUGUAAACAGUUAAAUGAGGCAAAGGCCUGAGAGAGUUGUAGACAUUUGUCUCACAUUAAAUAUAUCAGAAUUGCUAGAUUUGCUGUUGUAGUUAUGCCACUCAAAACUUUAAGAAAAUUUGUUUAAUGCACUAAGUUUAACUGGUUUUCUUUGGUGCUAGAACCAAAUUCUUUAUUUCUACAACACUCAAAAGAUUAUCACAAAAUAUUACAAAAAUAUUGUUUGUUUUGUUGCUCAUUAAAUCCUAUAGAACUAACAGCUUUUAAGGACAAUAACAAAUAUAUCUUCAGAUGGAUUAAUAAGAUAGGAACCUAUUCAAGACAGCAGCAUUUUUAUAUUGUGAUACCUAUCCUAAGUACUCUCACAAUAAAACCUUACUUAAGAAUUUUCCUUCACAUCAAUCUGUGACGUAGCAUUAGGUGUUUAGUAUUCCUCAUUUGUGAAACCUAAGGUUCAUUCAAAAAUUAAGUUGCAAAACGGUUUUUAUGGCAGACUCUUUGAACUUGCUCAGUUCUUUCCUUACUUUACCUGCAUGACACACGUUGGGUUGAAAGUUAUUUCGUUUUACCCUUCAUUUCUUUUAGAUAUAAUUUGGUUCCUUUUCAUGCAUUUUAUUUUUGAAAUAUAGACAGGAAAUAUUUUAUUAAAUCAAGAAUAAGAAACAUUUCUUAAACCAGUAGUAAAAAGAUGAACUCCAUGCCUGAAAGACAGUUCAACAUUUAAAAUAUUAAGAUGCCAUACCAUUUAACAAGUGAAUACUAAAAAUUUUUAAUUACAAGAUUGAUUGAUUGUUCUAUUUUUAUGAUCAUGAGAAAAAUGUCACAGCUUUAGCUGUCAUGUUUAUCUCGAAUGCUUUUCUAAUUAUGUCUUUCUGGAUUACUGACUUUGAAUACCACAGACCAACUACUUUACAUAGAGUAAUACACUGAUUAACCAUUGUGCUUUGGGUCAGUGGCAAGAGUUGAACACCCUGUUACGUCAAGUUUAACCAGAAACCUUUUGUUCGCGUCUGAAAUGAAAUAUUUAUAAAAUGUGUUAGUAUGUUUCCUACCUUGAUAAGUUCACCUAUAUUGAAUGUAAUUUGAUCUUUGAUAAUUUUUUUAAUCUUGAGAAUUCUCUGAUACUGUUUUGAAUAUCAGUGUUCAUCGUGUUAUAAGGUUAAACAUCAACAUUGAAAUAAAUUGGACUGAAUAUGCAUGUGUAACACAUACCUUAUAGGCUGGAUUUCAGAACCAAAUUAACAGGAGCUUGCUGUCUUAAAGUAGAAAGCAGAAGAGGAAAAUAGCAUUCGUUUGUAUUCCAGCAUAUUGAGGGUUCACUGUUCCUAGCUUAUACUAAUGUUUUUUCCUCUCAUUUCUGGGAAUGCCUGUCAUUCUGGGAAUCCCUGUAUAUAUCAUACCAAGAACAGAGUAUGACGUGACUUUAAAAUGUGUUUACAGAGGAUAUAUGCAAGUGUGCUGUUAAUAUAAAUUGUGUGGCCUUUGCUGCAUCGACUUUGUUACUGUUUUGCUGCCGAAAUGUGAGAAAUGUGUCUUCUCUUCCUCCUACAUAUUGUGCCAAAUGUUUAAAAUUUUGUCUACUUCUAGUAACAUAUAAUUCACCAUAUCCCUUGUCUACUUUUAUGAAUCAGUAUAAGGUAAAACAAUACAUUAAGAUAAGGUUUGCAUAUAUGUAUAUGUGUUUUUAUUGAAAACAGGGGACUUGUAGCCUUGUGUAGACCUCUACCUGCCUGAUUUACUAAUUAUCUGUAAUACUGUCACAGAGAUGAUGCUGUUUACUCUCUCCUGUUUUGUUCUAAGUGGUGUUUGAGAAAUAAGACCUGUGAAUUUCCCUUUGUGAUAGAACAGUGAACUCAGCAGUAUCUUGGAUAAGUGAGCCGACUACCUUGUCCCCGCACCGUUUUUGUGUAUAUGGUGAAUUCAGAAGUCAAAUGUCCCCUUCUGUGUUUGUUAAUUUACAUAUGUAUCUGAGCAUUUUGUUUUCUGUUAGCAAUGCUUCUUGACGUUGUGCGUGGUUCUUUGUGGUUGAUUCUCUCCAAAUUCGGGUCAGCUGCUGCCACCUGGCAAAUAACAGGAAAUAUGCUGAAUCUCCUGUCCAUCCUUGUAACGAUAUCCUUCUUAAUGAAAUUCUUCAACUGGCUAAUUACUAAUGUCAUCUGUGCAGACACAUGGGCUUCAGGAUGUCUACAAUAUUUUAGACAUUUUUGCAAACAGGGGAAAAAACAGUCUUGUAAAUACUGAAACAGAUUUCCAUGAACUUUAUCCUACUCUUGGAAAGAAAACAAUUCUCCUUGGCUGCAGAAAUCAAAUAAGCUUGGCUUGCAAUGACCAAGGACAUAAAUGAAGAUUGAUUGAAGUGGAAAAAUUCUGCCUCCCAAGUGAUCAGUGACAUCUGCCAGAGGUCAUUACAGCUAUUUUUACUGUGAACAGUCACUAGCUAAACUACUCACUUGCCACAACCAAAUAACCUCUCAAAGUAAAUCCAGUACAUCUGUACAUCUGUAUAUACAUAUAGAUAGCAGGAACAAACAAUCCUGAAACAUUACUUUUGGCUAUUAAGUAAAUCAAAGUGAUGAUAAUUAUAAAGAACAUUCAAAUAACCAUGGUCCUUGGUGAAAUGACUUGUGGUGGCCAGAAUGGUGCAACCAGAUGUAAUUUACAAGUUUUUUUUUAAGACCCAAGUAUCUCAGAUACUUAUCAUGAGAAUAAAGACUGUUGAAUAUGAAAUUAAAGCCAAGCAAUAAUGUGCCAAAAAGAGGCAGUUAUACCAGCAAAUGCAUCUAUUAUGGGCACACCAUUAUAUAAUGUUGGUUUGCUUUAUGAAGACUGACUGUAACCCACAGGAUAAAAUAAGUGAAGGCAUAGUUUCUGCUUUCUUCCUGGAAAAACUUGUUUAGAAGCUUCAUAAAGAGGUACAGCACAAGUGACCAUUCAUAAGAAUACAGUUGGCAUCCCUGUUGUGCUAGCCAAGACAAAAGUGGAACCAUUCAAAGUCCUGCUGGCUUAAAACUCAAGACAGCUCCAACCAAAAGUUUUGUUGAAAUGGAGACUUUAAAUUUAUGGUAAUUACUCUCUCUGGACACUAGCAUGUAGAAAGCAAUUCAAUUAACUCUGCCCAUAGGAUUACCAGCUUUAGCUGUGAAAAAAAGUGGGCUCCUGGAUGUAAAAUCAUUAAAACAUGAGUACUUGUAUCCAAAGAGGCUUCAAAUGACGCCUUACAGAAAAUGAUGUUCCAGAUGGGCAGUUCUAAAUGCCAAGUCUUUAUCAAGUAUCUUUCUGAUCCAAGUUCAAAAUUAAUUGGCUGCAAAAUAGUAGGAAUAAAAAUCUCGUAUUUUACACUUUAGAAAAAGAUACUGAUGAUGAACCAGCGUGGUGAUAAUUAUGAUUAGAUACCCCAGUGAUUUAAGCAAGUUAGGAAGAAUUAAAUGGGAGAGAAAUGCUAACAACUUUCUUGAUCUCUUAACUAGGACGAUGCCAUCCAUUUAUUUCUGAGGCAAAAAUUAUACCUUGUUUUUUAACAUCGCUGCUAGUGUUGUUUGUUGCUUUAAAAAUUGUGUCUCUUUAGAAAAACUCUAGCAGUUAAAUAAUUUUUUCUGAUUCAUAGCAUUGCUUUUAAUAACAUGUGAAGGCUGCGUAUAGAACAAACUAUAUAAAAUGAGUAGAAAGGGCUUACUCAUGUUAAUCGGCAUCCUUAAUGAUUUUUUAGAUUCCUUAACAUUUAUUUUAGAUCACUUCAAGUAACUUACUUUUCCUAAUGUUUUCCAUCAUGUCUUAAAAUGAUGCUUGUAUAUCAGGAGAUUGCAGUAUUAUAAUCACAGUCUCCAAUCCCUAGAGGAGAGGAGAAAAUAAUUCUUGUUUUAAGGGCCAUUAGAGAUACCUUUUAUUGAGGUUGAGAAAGGUCAACAAGAAAAAUAUAUACUAGCAAUUACUAAAUUUCUAAAUGUGUUUAUCUCUGCUGUACUAAUGUGUGAACAAUAUGUUGUGCAUAAUACUGUAGCUGGUUGUGGUAUGUCAAUACAUUCUGUGAGUGUGUACAGUCUGAGUGAUGGUUUUCUAUUUUUAUGUGUAGAAAAAAAUAACUUGUCUCCCAUUUAAAGGUCAAUUUCUAUCAUCAGGUAGGCACAUGUACAUACGUGAAAAAGCCAACAAAAGUGUCCACAUGUAUUCAAUAACAGAAUUUGUUCUUUUAUUUUUGAAGGUCAGAAGGGCUGUUCAAUUUGUUUUGUUUUUUUAUCAUCUCCUUGAGUAGGUGCAUAAUUAUCACAAAGGCUGCAUAUAGUAAUCAGUACAUUGGCAUAUUAUUAAAUAUGCCAGGGCUAAUUACCAUGCCAUCAGUCACAGGUAAGGUCAGUUCUUUGACCACUGGGAUGAUUUACAUUCCUCACACAUCCUCUCUGUGUUAAGUGUGUGAUUAGGAUGUACAUACUAUGGGUGUGAUUGUGUACAUACCUUGUAUGAAUUAUCUAAAUCCUCAAAACAGUUGCAGGAAAGAGGGAAGAUGAAAUCGUUGUUCAAAGGCCUCAAAAGGGCUAGUCAAUAUAUAAUUUCAUUUCUACACAUAAAAAUGUAAAUAGCUUAUCCACAUACAUAUGCACACAUAAUGCAUUUUAUUUAUACUAUUAUAUUCAAAUAAAUCACCAAUUAAAACAAUGAAUUGAAAGCUACAUCUUUCCAUGACUGCUCUGUUUUACAAAUAUUAAUAUUGGAUUAGAUGCCUCUCACUUAAUGGUGUUACUCCCUGGUAACAGACUUUGUGCUAAGAAAAAUAUGGCUCCCAAGGCAUCUGAAGCACAGACUGUUACCUGAGUAGCUACAGAGAAUUAAUGCUGUUCCUUAAGCACCUAAUUUUAUAUCUGGAAAUGGCAAACAGUGGUGAAAACCAAUGAGACUCCUUUUGGACAUGUAUCAACGUGUUGAUUUACACAAACCAAUAAAAGCCCUACAUUUUUUGGAGAUAGAUCCCUAGAUUUCAAGCAUGUAUAAUUACUCAAAGUGGAUAUCAUUACAGGCAUUCUUCUCUUGAGCUCAGCAAAACUAUGCUUACCAACACCAAAGAGAAACCAAAGAUUUAAAUGAAAAAAAAAAGUGCAGAUGAUGCUAGUGAGAUAAUAGGAUAUGAGCAAUGAACCCUUGGGUGGGGUUCCAGGGCACUUAAAUUGCCUCAUAUCUUGAGUUCCUUAAGAUGGACUCAAAUAAAAAUUAUUAUCAGUAAUAGGUGACACUGUGUGGACUAGGUAACAUGUUAGAAUCAUUAACUGGCAAGUGUCUCUGGACAAGAUUGGUCAGCUUAUCAAAGUUCCAACCAGUGAAUUGAUAUUUUUCUAAUUCAUCUCAUUUUUUCUCAAAGGAAAUGCUCUAUUAGGGAUCAAAAAGUCGGAUCUGGUUCUCACACCUAAUACAAUUUGACCCUGAUUCCUUGACACUAAAAACUAUGUUGGUUGGGUAUUGGAUUGAAAAUAUGAAUGGAGGCCAGGUGCAGUGGCUCAUGCCUGUAAUCCCAGCACUUUGGGAGGCCAAGAUGGGUGGAUCGCCCGAGGUCAGGAGUUCAAGACCAGCCUGGUCAACAUGGCAAAACCCCCGUCUUUAUAAAAUACAAAAAUUAGCUGGGCAUGGUGAUGUGUGCCUAUAAUCCCAGCUACUCACAGAGAAUCGCUUGAACCCAGGAGGCGGAGGUUGCAGUGAGCCAAGAUCAUGCCAUUGCCCUCCAGCCUGGAAGACAGGGCAAGACUCCAUCUACAAAAAGUACCAGAAUCACCCCUUGAUAGAGAAUUUCAUCUGGCAAAGUACAAACAACCACUUCUCAGUAGAAAGUUAAGAAUAACAUUUAAAUACAUAUUCGUGUUUUAAAGAAUCAAUGUGUCAUCUUUAUAUAUGAAAUAAAAAUGAAAGAUUAACCGGCUAUAAGAACACUACGAUUACAACUAGAGUGGCAGUGUUUUUUAACUGCUAAAGGUAUACAUGUUUAUAAGUGCAGCAUACCUGAAAUCUUGAUGUUUGUCAAUACUUACUUACUGUUGCUUAAAAGAUAAACUUAUGUGAUUAUUUUUGAAAGAUGUAUAUUAACUUAAAUAAUACCCAGAAAAACUGUAACUUUCAAUAAGAGAAUCAUUUAUGUGUGUAAAUACUCAGCUGAGAAAGAUCAAAAGUAUAGUAUAGUAUGAAAUCACUUAAGACAAAAAUAUUCAAAAUGGAAAUUCCAUUUAUGAAUGUAUCAAUAUUCAAAUCUAAAGUUAUGUUUUUUAUAAUGUUUAUGUACAAAUGUCAUAAAAUCAUUUAAGAAAGUUCUCAUCCUCCAGAUAUUGACCAAUAAAACUUAACUUCCUAGACAAAAGAAGAAAUGUUAUAAUUUAUACGAAGAUGGAGAAAGCUUUUGGAAUUACAUAUACUUACACCUUCAUUUUGGAUUUGAUUUUUGAAUGGAUGCUUAAAAUUCCUAAAUUCAACUAAUGACUUAGUUUUGCCCUCAAAAAAUUUAGAAUAUUAUUUUUUCACAUCUCACUUGGCAUAAUAAAUGUAAUAUAGAAUACAAUUUAUUCUGUUUUUUUGUUAGUGUUGUUAUUGUUUUUUCCACUGCUAUUUAAAUCAUUCUUUUAACCGUGGAUAUGCAGAAUCAGUUGAUUUUCCAUGUGACACACUUCUGCCAAGAAUCUGCUGUGGAACUGGAAGUAUUUGCAAUGAAAGAACUUUUUUCUUUAAUUAAAAUAGAAUUCCCAUAGAAUUAACAAUGCCUCCUGGUCAUCAAAACAAGAUUUUUCCUGCUCUGGGCACAGCAGAAUGUAUGUGUCGUUUGUGUGUGUGUGUGUGUGUGUGUGUGUAUGUGUGUGUGUGUGGGUUGUUUGGUGAGAGUGAUGAGGGCGGAGCAUGGUGAAAAUGCAGGCAGGGGGUGAGGUAACGGCUGGGUGGGGCUCCAGGGCACUUAGAUUGCCUUAUUGUCCAGGCUUAGCUGCCUCUUGCCCGGAGCCAUCAGGUGUCUGCUGUGUAGUCCAGCCUUUCUGCCUACUCCUGAGAAAAUAAAUUGGGAUCCUGCAGUUUGGGUUCUUAGAAGGAGAUGGAAAGCCCAGCCAUAUCCUCCAGUUUGACUUGACCAGCAGUAAAACUAACACAUUUUGAUCCCUUUUUGCCUUCUUGAAUGUCUUCAAUUCAUUAAAGAUCUGUAAAGAAGGAGAGGUACAAGGUAUAUGAAACCCAAAUCUCAAAACAAUGAUUUAGUGAAUUUUCCAUGAACUUUAAACAGUGAUUGCUUCAAAAUUUCCAAAAGCCAUACUCUCCCUCCAACUGCUGUGUGUGUGUAUAAAUGCCCACUAUUUUAAUCUAAAAUGGUGCCCUGUGGCUGCCACUAUAUAACUCUUGCACACUUAGACAUUUAUUCUUGGCCAAAUUAAGCCUCAUGCAUUUCCAAAGCUAUAAAUGCCAUUGAUGGAGAAGUUAGAUCUUGCAAGUUUCAGGAGGGCUGAGAUAGUUUGUCUUACGCCUAUAGCUGCUCACGUCCCACCAACAGGUGUUUGUUUCAUUAGGUGCCAUUUCCAGCCAAAUGUUCUCACUCUUCUACAUCUUCAAUGUUGAGUAGCAAACAGAAGAACAUCUUUUUUAGCAUAGUCUUGCUUCACUGGACUAUGUGAACUCAAAAUACCUCUUGUUUCUUGUGAAGGGUUUGCAUUUUAUAAACCAUGUAAGAUCACUUUUGGUCAACUGCUCUGAGUUUAUUUGAGCUGCUAUAAUAAUAAAGGAUCGUAAACUGGGAGGCAUGUAAAUAAAAUAAAUUUAUUUCUUACAGUUUUGGAAGCUGGGAACUCCAAAAUCAAGGCUGAUUUGGUUUCUGGUGAGGGCCCACUUGCUCACAUGCGGUGCCUGCUUGCUGUGUCCUCACACAGCGGAAGGGAUGAAGGGUCCCUCCCUGGCCGCUUUCAAAAGGGCACUAAUCUCACUCAUGAGGGCUCUGUGACUACCACCUAAUCACCAUUCAAAACCCCCACUUUCUAAUACCAUCACCUUGGGAGUUAGGAUUUCAACAUGAGGUUUGGAGGAAUACAGACAUUUAGACCAUAGCACGCACAUUCUUAAUGGACUUAGGAAUGCCAACGUUAUUAUACUUUCUUUAACACCAUUCUAAACAACCACUGAGCUAAUAUACAGAGUGUUAAAAUGUUUAGACCCUUAUAACUACCUUAACAAUGUUCUGCAGCUGGUUUUUCUAAAUAUAUCACAGAGGUCUAACAUAGGUGAAAUUCAGAUUUUCUGGAUGGAAGCUGAAAUUGCUUGCAAAGAUUUCUGGUGGGAGUAUUGGCAUCUCAAGAAUGAUAUUUCCCUACACUUAUGUAGUCCCACUUGACACCUUUCAAUCAAAAUACAAAAGAGCCUUGACCUGCCAUUAAAAAUAAUAAGCAGAAUGUCAUUGCCAAAGAUAUCAUAGGUGUUUAAAAGCAAGAUAAAACUUCUUAAAGGGCUCAAAAGCAUUUGCUUGUUAACUAUGUUCUUUUAGCCCAAAGCCAAAACAAAAAAUAAUGCCUUUGUGGCAAGUGUUUUGCUGAGCACUUCUACCUAUGUCUGAACCUUAGGAGGUAUAAUGUAUAUAAGAACAGUUUUACAGAGUUUUUCCCAAUGGCACAGAUACCUGGAACAUAUAAAUUGGAUGAUCACAGAGAUAUCAUGGUAUAUACCUGGGCUUGGAAUGAAAGGACACUGGGUUCAACUCUCAGCUUCAAGUCAAACAAGCUAAAUUCUUUGGCCAAGAAAACGGAAACACCUCCUACCAGAUGCACCUCCAAGUUUCAAUAUGAAAUUUGGAGAGGAUAAAUAUCCAAACUAUUUCAGUGCAUUCUUCCGGAAAUUGAGAGUAAUACUACUCACUUUGCAAAUUCAUGGGAAUUAAACGGCAUAGGCAAAAUAAUGUUCAUUCCUUCUCCUACCCUUGUGACUUGUUUUUUUUUUUCUUGAACUUUACCACUCUAAUUGUUAAAAGUCUUGAAUUUUGCCAUUUUAUUCUAUUUAAUAAACUAUUUAUAAAUCUAGGUAAAUA